UGGAGUCUCUCCAACAUGCACCAUGACUUUUUCUUUAAAUUAUCUGCGCAGGCGUCAAGUUUUGGAGGUUCCAACAUUGAUCCAACUGCCUGGGAGGAUAAAAAGUGCAAAGGAGAGUCAAGGUUUCCUGCUCAGGUAAGGAUCCGUGUCCGGAAAGUCUGUAAGCCUUUGGAGGAAGAUGCUUUUAGACCAGUUUUACAUCAUUAUGAUGGCCCCAAGUUCCGCCUGGAGCUCUCUGUGCCUGAGACUUUGGACUUACUAGAUCUCUGUGAAAAAGCUGAUGUCUAGGUGCUAUGUGCACGUGCUGGUGUCCUGUACUAAUAAGCAUAAAGGAAUUGUAGCCUAUGUGUAUGUUAUAAGUUUGUGGUGCAUGUCAGCAGUGUGCUGUCUGUAGAUUCUCCAGAGCGCAAGCUUUUGGGGCAAGUCUGGUUAAGCGGCUCUAAAUUUAGGAUAGCUUGUGUAAUCCAAAUAAGUGUAAUGCUCAUCUCUGAAGAUGUUCGUAGAUUAGCUUCACAAAUUUAGCCAUGUAAUCUUACUGUAAACUUGAGACUAGUAAGAAGAUUAUGUAACACGUCAAGAUGGAAUGUGUUUCUUUAUCUAUAGUUGAGCUCUGCUUCAUCCAA